UCAUUGACUGUUCAUUCAUUUGCAGAUAAACAGAUAAAAACAAAACAUUACAAGAGAGAAAAUAUUGACAGAAUGAUACGGCGAUCGAUUUCUCAUUAACAAUUCAUACAGUUAAUAUAAUGAAUGUACAAAAAUAUUUAUUAUACAAAGUGAACUAGAGACAAAAACAUCACUACAAAUUGGAAAGAAAUUGAUACAGGUGUCGGAUGUUAACAGUUGAUGGAAGUGUUAUGUUGAAUAGUUUGAUGUUGUUUUAUUUUUCUCUGUGUGUCGGCGACGUAAUGUACCAUUUUAUGGAUUAGAUUUUCGGCCAGUCAUGCAGAUAUAAAUGUUGAUUUAAAUCAUAUUUUAAAAUAAAAUGCGUAGAUUUAAAGUACCGAAGCAGACGACACUGAAGUCAGGAUUUCGGCGGACGGAGCAGACACGCAUCAGCGGACAAAUUACCCGUGUUAAAUGUGUAUGUGGGUAUGGCACGAGAAUAUCGUGGUGGUGGCCAUGGUGCGUUUUCAUUGUUACCGCGGCGGUGAGGGUACGUUAUGUUAUGUUGCCAGAAAACUGGUGGACACUGCAUCCGGAUGAGAUAUUCCAGUCUAUAGAAGUUGCGUUUUCUGAAGAGUAUGGGUACGGCUUCCGUCCGUACGAAUAUCUACCGGCACCGGAAAAUACGAGUAUUCCUGCCGAGGCUCAAAUGUUGAAGUCGGGAAUGUACGGCCUACGGUCUCCAGUUUAUCCUAGGGCAUUUAUGAUAGUCCUUCGUAUUGCGAGACUGGUAGGACAGGACCAGAGUCCAUAUAUGGUUUGUCGAGUAUUCAAUGCAGUUUUUACAUCGUUAUUGCCAGUGGCUGUUUACUGGUUCGUGCUGAAAGUGUUCCAUUGUCGUCUGCUUGCAUUACUGACAUGCAUACUGUGUGCGUUUGAGCACCAUCUGGUGGUGUUUGGAACACAUACCAUUGUGAAUAGCUUUAUAUCCCCAGUGAUAUUUUGGGGACUAGCCCUAUGUUUACCCAGCAACGGAACUACUGGAAAAGUAAAGGUAGAGAACCAAGAACUUGCCGACAAAAAGGCGGAUCUAAAUGGAAAUAUACUAUCUAAACAGUCUGUCGACAGUGGCGUACAUUUAUACAAAGAUUUACAGCAAAAUAAGCCAAACAAUAAUACUGAUUUCAUAAAUAAAUUUUUCGGAAGAUUUAUGCUCGGUGUCGUCUGCUAUGUCAGGCCGGACACUAUCGUUUUCUGCAUCGGUGUGAUUUUUCCAGUAUUAUACUUAAAACGGCGUAUCCACCGUCAGUGCUUGAAAGAACUUGCAGUUACUGCAUCAGGUGGCGCUGCAGCGUGCAUGCUUUGUGUGGCAGACGAUUGGUCAUGGUACGGAUGGGGUAUUAUAUCUCCAGUGCAGUGGUUCAAGUUUAACAUUCUGUCAGGAAAAUCAAGUACAUUGUUUGGAACGGAUGACGUAGGCGUUUAUCUUCAAGUCUUUUUGGGAAGCCUAGAGAACAUAGUUGUGAAUUUAAGUAUACUUGCAGUAUUGCUUUACACUCACUUAAAACAAAAGGAUUGCCUGUCGCUACCUCGAGAAUUUCGUGCAAUAUGUUUCUCAUUUGUAUUAAGUAUUAUCAUGUUCUCGUCUGCAGGUCAUAAAGAGAGCAGAUUUAUACAUAACGCAAUCGUUCUUUAUAUUCUAAUUGUUUCAUAUGGUCUCCAUACUUUGAUAAGUGUACAAAGGAAAUUCUUUCCAAAAGGGACCUGCUCUAGUCGUAUAUCCGCUAGUUUCCUCCUUUUGAUUACCCUAUUGACUUACAGUCAGUAUCUAUCAAUAAAUAAAUCAUCAGUUUCCAAAUGGACAUACGGAGAUGCACAGGGCUCUGCUGACGUUAACACAUGCUUAGACUGGCUACGACGUCGGCGUGACGUCAGCGGUGUUCUUGUUGACGCGCGUUUAUAUGACACGGCAGGAUUUUCCAUACUGAAACAUGAUGUACCAGUGCUAGUCAAAAUCCAUAAUGAAUUUUACUUGUAUGACGUUGAAAGGACAGACAGACAGCAUCGCAAAACUGGCAGACUGAGAGUUAUACACGACUACCAUGAUUUCAUACACAAGAGUAAUAAAGUUUAUCUGGCUAAAAUUAUAUCCAGAGACAAAAACUUCAAUUACGUCGUCACAAAAAGUGACGUUUUUUCUUUAGUAAACACAAACUUUUCGUACAUCAAAGUUUAUACUCAUGGCCAAUAUAACGUCUUUCAUAGGAACUUUAGCUCAUCUAAAGAAAUAGAUUUAGAGCAGUUAUCGGAAACACUUCCUGUCGGCAACAACGCGACAGUGCUUGAGUACGAAGCAAAUUGGUUGAUUACCAAUGCCCUGUAUCACCUAGCAAUUGAGAAGACAGAGACGGCCAUGAAAAUUGACAGUUCACGUGUUAGGCUGUACCAGCAAAUGUUCGUCUGCUACUCGAGGUUAAAUGAUAUGAAAAUGUUGUUUCAUUAUCAGGAACAGUGUUUUAGAAGAUUUGGUAAAGAAGUGUGCUCCAGGCAACACGAGAAAAUCGUGCUUCAUGAGCACUACAGUCGGUUUGAUCAACGGUAUUAGGUCUGAAACACUUGAAAACCUUUAUUGAAAUGAUACAAGAACAAGGGACUUUAAAACGUGUAUUUGUAAAUCGGUUCAUUUGAUUCUGACACAGAACUCUGAAAUCGAUACGUUAUUUAACAUAAUAUUAUAUCAAUCAAGUGUAACUGUUAAUAUAGUUGAAUUGUUUUGAUUCCAAAGAAGAGCUAAGACAAUCCUAUAUACAUGUAUGUGUAAGAAUACAGUUAAAACUCAUUAUUUCGAAUUCCAAGGGACCGGGCAUUUGACUUUGAGAUAACCGAAAUUCGAUGUUUUGUGCACGUGUUUUCGGGACAGGACUUGAAAAUGUCUUCGAGAUAGCCGGAAUUCGGAGAUAAGCAAGUUCGUGAAACCGAGUUUCAACUGUAUCAUGCACUGUUUUGUAUAAUUGUUCAAAAUUCACUGUUUUUAAACGUUCGACCACCUGGCUUUUUUUUUCGUUUUUAUUUUUAGAAAAAAUUACAGCAUGAAUUUAGCCAUGUAAUAUCCAAUCUACAAUGAAUUUUGAACAUUUGUUAUUGUAUCUACUUUCCUGUGGCUUGAAAAAGCAUGGUUUUUGUUUAUCUUUCAUUGUUUUAUACACGUUUCUACAGUAGUAAUUUACGUAAAAUUUCAAGGUAUGCCGUGGUAAUAAAAGACAAAGUCAUUUUAUUUCAUAUUUUUACGUUUUAUUUUAGCAAAAGAAGUUAGCCCACAUACAAGAGAAUUGUUCUCCUGGUGUUUUUCAUACACAGGAAUUACAUAAUUUAUAAUAAAUAACCGUACCCAGUUUGACCUAGAUUUUUUUUUAAUGUAUUAAACCAUACACAUUUCUUCGCUUUGAUGAUCUGACAUGUUUGCUCAGAUUCCAUAACUCUCAUAUUUGCAUGUUACGAAGUUAUGCCCCUUUUUCGUUUUUU